AUGGACGUGGACGUGGAUGUGGACGUGGACGUGGAGAUGGACGUGGACGUGGACGUGGACGUAGACAUGGACGUGGACGAUGGACGUGGAGUGGACGAUGGACGUGGAGUGGAUGUGGACGUGGACGUGGACGUGGACAUAGACGUGGACGUGGACGUGGACGUGGACGUGGACGUGGACCUGGACGUGGACGUGGACCUGGACGUGGACAUGGACGUGGACAUGGACGUGGACGUGGACGAGGACGUGGACAUGGACGUGGACGAGGACGUGGACGUGGACGUGGACGUGGACGUGGCGUGGACGUGGACGUGGACGUGGACAUGGACGUGGAGUGGACAUGGACGUGGACGUGGACGUGAACGUAGACCUGGACCUGGACGUGGACGUGGACGUGGACGUGGACGUGGACAUGGAGGUGGACGUGGACGUGGACGUGGACGUGGAGAACUUGGACGUGGACAUGGACGUGGACGUGGACAUGGACGUGGACAUGGACGUGGACGUGGACGUGGAGGUGGACGUGGAAGUGGACGUAGACGUGGACGUGGACGUGGACGUGGACGUGGACGUGGACCUGGACUUGGACGUGGACGUGGACGUGGACGUGGACGUGGACAUGGACGUGGACGUGGACGUGGACGUGGACAUGGACGUGGACGUGGACGUGGACGUGGUCGUGGACGUGGACGUGGAGGAUGUGGACGUGGACGUGGAGGACGUGGACGUGGACGUGGACGUGGACGUGGAGAACUUGGACGUGGACAUGGACGUGAACGUGGACGUGGACGUGGAGGACUUGGACGUGGACAUGGACGUGGACGUGGAGUGGACGUGGACGUGGACACGGACGUGGACGUGGACGUGGACACGGACGUGGACACGGACGUGGACGUGGACGUGGACGUGGACUUGGACGUGGACGUGGACGUGGACCUGGACGUGGACGUGGACGUGGACGUGGACGUGGACUUGGACGUGGACAUGGACGUGGACGUGGACGUGGAGGUGGACGUGGAGGUGGACGUGCACGUGGACAUGGACGUGGACGUGGAGGUGGACGUGGACGUGGAGGUGGACGUGGACGUGGACGUGGACGUGGACGUGGAGGUGGACAUAACGUGGACGUGGACGUGGACGUGGACGUGGCUGGACGUGGACGUGGACGUGGACGUGAACGUAGACCUGGACCUGGACGUGGACGUGGACGUGGACGUGGACGUGGACAUGGAGGUGGACGUGGACGUGGACGUGGACGUGGAGAACUUGGACAUGGACAUGGACGUGGACGUGGACAUGGACGUGGACAUGGACGUGGACGUGGACGUGGAGGUGGACGUGGACGUGGACGUGGACGUGGACGUGGACCUGGACUUGGACGUGGACGUGGACGUGGACGUGGACAUGGACGUGGACAUGGACGUGGACGUGGACAUGGACGUGGACGUGGACGUGGACGUGGUCGUGGACGUGGAGGACGUGGACGUGGACGUGGAGGACGUGGACGUGGACGUGGACGUGGACGUGGAGAACUUGGACGUGGACAUGGACGUGAACGUGGACGUGGACGUGGACGUGGAGGACUUGGACGUGGACAUGGACGUGGACGUGGAGUGGACGUGGACACGUGGACGUGGACGUGGACGUGGACGUGGACUUGGACGUGGACGUGGACGUGGACGUGGACCUGGACGUGGACGUGGACGUGGACGUGGACUUGGACGUGGACAUGGACGUGGACGUGGACGUGGAGGUGGACGUGGAGGUGGACGUGGACGUGGACAUGGACGUGGACGUGGAGGUGGACGUGGACGUGGAGGUGGACGUGGACGUGGACGUGGACGUGGAGGUGGACAUAACGUGGACGUGGACGUGGAGGUGGACGUGGAGGUGGACGUGGAGGUGGACGUGGAGGUGGACGUGGACGUGGACGUGGACGUGGACGUGGAGGUGGACGUGGAGGUGGACGUGGACGUGGACGUGGAGGUGGACGUGGAGGUGGACGUGGAGGUGGACGUGGACGUGGAGGUGGACGUGGACGUGGACGUGGACGUGGAGGUGGACGUGGAGGUGGACGUGGAGGUGGAGGUGGACGUGGAGGUGGACGUGGACGUGGAGGUGGACGUGGAGGUGGACGUGGAGGUGGACGUGGAGGUGGACAUGGACGUGGACGUGGACGUGGAGGUGGACGUGGAGGUGGACGUGGAGGUGGACGUGGAGGUGGACGUGGAGGUGGACGUGGAGGUGGAGGUGGAGGUGGAGGUGGAGGUGGACGUGGAUGUGGAGGUGGACGUGGACGUGGAGGUGGACGUGGAGGUGGACGUGGAGGUGGACGUGGACGUGGACGUGGACGUGGACGUGGAGGUGGACGUGGAGGUGGACGUGGAGGUGGACGUGGAGGUGGACGUGGAGGUGGACGUGGAGGUGGACGUGGACGUGGACGUGGACGUGGACGUGGACGUGGAGGUGGACGUGGAGGUGGACGUGGAGGUGGAGGUGGACGUGGAGGUGGACGUGGACGUGGAGGUGGACGUGGAGGUGGACGUGGAGGUGGACGUGGAGGUGGACAUGGACGUGGACGUGGACGUGGACGUGGACGUGGACGUGGAGGUGGACGUGGAGGUGGACGAGGAGGUGGACGUGGAGGUGGAGGUGGAGGUGGAGGUGGACGUGGACGUGGAGGUGGACGUGGACGUGGACGUGGAGGUGGACGUGGACGUGGACGUGGACGUGGACGUGGACGUGGACGUGGAGGUGGACGUGGAGGUGGACGUGGACGUGGACGUGGACGUGGACGUGGAGGUGGACGUGGACGUGGAGGUGGACGUGGACGUGGACGUGGACGUGGAGGUGGACAUAACGUGGACGUGGACGUGGAGGUGGACGUGGAGGUGGACGUGGAGGUGGACGUGGAGGUGGACGUGGAGGUGGACGUGGAGGUGGACGUGGAGGUGGACGGUGGACGUGGAGGUGGACGUGGAGGUGGACGUGGAGGUGGACGUGGAGGUGGACGUGGAGGUGGACGUGGAGGUGGACGUGGAGGUGGACGUGGAGGUGGACGUGGACGUGGACGUGGACGUGGAGGUGGACGUGGAGGUGGACGUGGAGGUGGACGUGGACGUGGACGUGGACGUGGACGUGGACGUGGACGUGGAGGUGGACGUGGAGGUGGACGUGGACGUGAACGUGGAGGUGGACGUGGACAUGGACGUGGAUGUGGAGGACGUGGACGUGGACGUGGAGAACUUGGACGUGGACAUGGACGUGGACGUGGACGUGGACGUGGAGGACUUGGAGGUGGACAUGGACGUGGACGUGGAGAUGGACGUGGACGUGGCCGUGGACAUGGACGUGGACGUGGACGUGGAUGUGGAGGACGUGGACGUGGACGUGGAGAACUUGGACGUGGACAUGGACGUGGACGUGGACGUGGACGUGGAGGACUUGGAGGUGGACAUGGACGUGGACGUGGAGGUGGACAUGGACGUGGACGUGGACAUGGACGUGGACGUGGACGUGGACAUGGACGUGGACGUGGACGUGGACGUGGACAUGGACAUGGACGUGGACGUGGACGUAGACGUGGACAUAGACGUGGACGUGGACGUGGACGUGGACAUAGACGUGUACGUGGACGUGGACGUGGACAUGGACGUGGACGUGGACAUGGUCGUGGACGUGGACGUGGACGUGGACGUGGACGUGGACGUGGACAUGGACGUGGACGUGAACAAGACGUGGACGUGA